AUGUUCGCCACACCCAUCCGCCUCGCCCAAGGCGGCGCCGGCAUGCCCGGCUUCUGGAAGCGAUCUCUAGACGAGUUCAAACGACAAGCCAACAUCGCAGUCAAGAUGGAAGGCCUACACCGACCGCAGAAGCCCCGCCCACUAGUCCAAUUCACCGACUCAGGCAGUCUCGGCUUAUGCAAACUCAUGUCUGACAAAGACAUCGGCGGCUACAGCGAAGCGAGCAUGAGCUUUGUGGAUGGAGCAGCACACGAGGACAGCAACCGGGAGCAAGGCGUGAUUGGGAAUGAGAAGCAGGGAGGAGGAGAGGAGGAAGAGCCAGCGCGUAUGCUGUUCAAGGGCAAGAUCUCGACAGAGCUGCCGCCGAACAACCCGGAUGUUCAGCGGACUGGGGAUCGAGGGUUGAGCUUGUUUGGGAGGCUCUUGUGGGACAUUGACCCGUACAACUAUCUGGCGCUGAGAGUAAAGUCGGAUGGGAGGAAGUACUUUGUCAAUAUCCAGACCGAGUCGAUUGUGCCAACCGAUCUGCACCAGCAUCUAUUGCCAACGUACACUCCAGGACAGUGGGAGACGGUCAUCAUCCCAUUCCAUGCCUUCGUACGGACGAACUACGGCAUGGUGGUGGAACCGCAGCGAGAGAUGCUGAGGCAGAAGGUGAAAUCUGUCGGCAUUGGGCUCACAGAUCGGGUGCCUGGGCCGUUCGAGCUGUGCAUUGCGGACGUGUACGCAACGAAUAAGGCUCCUUCGAGAGACGUGGCAAGAGAAGAGAGCGGUUUCGACAUGGAACCUGAGAGCCAAGGGAUUAUGGACGAGAUAGAGCCGAGGAAGAAGAAAGGAGAGCAGGAGAAGAUCCUGAUCUGA